CUGUGUGGAUGAGUCAGAGUGCAGGCGCUGAGCGGGGCUCCGCUACUCUCUCUGUUGGUAGCCGGCUGAGAUUCGAAACUGGAAAUCCCCACUGGAAAGUCCCGGCGUGUUUUCCCUCCCCAUCUUGUUUCUGUCUUCUGACUUUCGCCAAGGUAGGGAAGAGCGUCUGCAGAUUGAGCUCAGUGUAAUGCGAGUGAAGUCUGGAGCAACUUUGCAGUCAAGUUGAGUAAAGGAGGGGGUCCAGACACUUGUCAAUAAGUCCGAGCGAAAGGGGCUGAAACCCAACUGAACCGGGUGCGCUGAAGAUGGCAGCUGAAGGCAGUUUGUUGCCUCAGUUUCUCUUCGCCAGUAACUUGACGAAGACGGUGAGACUCAGGGAGAGGAUCUCCAAUGACUUGGUCAAGCCGGUCUGCAGCAAUGGUUUGAUUCACCAUUUCAAGAACCUCCACAGGUACACGGUGGAGCUGUUCCGCCUGAGUCAUUACAGCCCUCAGUUCAGGACUAAAAUCCAAGAGGCUCUAUUCGAUAGGGCCCAACAGACUGCCCUAGAACAAAACAGGAACCUCAACUGGUGCAAAGAGGUCAAGAAACUUGUGCCUUUGAAGACAAACGGUGAUGGAAACUGCCUGCUGCAUGCCACAUCCCAGUUUAUGUGGGGAGUUCAGGACAUUGAUCUUAACCUUCGCAAAACACUAUGGGAAGCUCUGAAAGAAACAGAUACAAGGAACUUCAAACUACGGUGGCAGGUUGAAUGUAUCCGAUCACAAGAGUUUGAAGCCACGGGCCUCCGUUAUGACACCAAGAACUGGGAUGAAGAAUGGGAGAAAGUGGUAGAAAUGUCAUCUGUAACCUCACAUUUUGGCCAGCCUGGGCUACCUUUCGAUUCAUUAGAGGAAAUCCAUAUUUUUGUUCUUGCCAAUAUCCUUAAAAGACCAAUAAUUGUUAUUGCUGACACAGUGCUGAGAAGCUUCGGCAUGAACACAAGUUUGGCUCCCUUGCAUUUUGGAGGAAUUUACCUGCCGCUGCAUUGGCCAGCAAAAGAAUGCUACAAAUAUCCCAUAGUACUGGGCUACGACACACAGCAUUUUUCUCCACUUGUCACCAUCAAUGACAGGAGUCCAGAAAUCCGUGCUGUUCCAUUGGUCCACAAUGGAAGAAGGCGAUUUGAAGAUUUCAUGGUGCACUUUUUAAUACCUAAAGAAGAGGAAAAUAAAGCCAGGCUGCUGGAGGAGUACUUCAAUCUGGUUGAAAUACCAGUCCAGGGGCUGGAGUUUGGUACCACUCACUUAAUUAAAGCUGCUAGGUUGGAUGAAGGCAAUCUUCCAGAAGACUUGAAUUUAGUGGAGGAUUACUAUCAGCUGGUGAAUCAUGAAUUCAAAAGGUGGCAGCAGAGCCUGGCUGAGACCAGUAGGCCCACUCACAACGGGAUCCAAAUGAAAGGUGCUGCAUACCAAGGGUCACUUAUAGAAGAAAAAUGUGCCACGUAUGGGUGCCUUUUCUACUGUUCUAUAGAGACAAAACCAUUUUGUCAUGAGUGUUUUGAGCAGGCAAAGGGCACAAAGACUGAACGCAACGUGAAACCUCAUGAGCAGCAGAAAAAGAAAGGAUGCUGUCCUCCUCGGACUGAGUUGGUUAUCACUGCAACAACACCUGCAGAACCAGAACGAUCAUCUCGACCUCGCUCAGCACCGCCAACAGCUCCUAGUCUUUCUCUCUUUAGCGAGACAAAUGCCAUGAAAUGCAAGGUUCCCAACUGCCCCUUUACGUUUAACGUACAGCACAAUGGAUUAUGCGAGCAGUGCUUUAAAACAAGGACAGUAGUGCCAGGCAACAUUAUUGAUAAUAGGACUUCUGAAUUGAGAGCAUUGUGUCACAGAGAGUCCAGUUCCGAGAGAGUGGGUUCAUCCCAGGAGAAUGCAAGGACUAAACAAGGUGCUGGUAAUCCAUUACAUCAAGAGUGCACCCAAUGUAGUAGAUGUCAUCAGGAAACUCUGACGACAGUUAAUGGAUUGUGUAAUAUGUGCUUGUUAAGAACAUUUCAAGGAAUCUCUUCAUCCUCCCAUGAGGACUCUAACUCCUUGCGCUCAGGUCAUGAGAGGUCACAUUCAGACCCGAGCCAAAUUACAAGGAAUAUGGGUCACCCAUCAACUGCUGAUCAAUGCCAGACCUCUAAUGUGUGGACUUCCACUGGGCCACAGGUUUCUGAAAGCACACCGAAGAAUCGAACCGCCCAUAUCCCUGAGGAGCCCAAAGAAAGUUUCCAACCAUGCAAGAACUCUGGGUGCCACUACUUUGGAACAAAAGAGCACCAGGGUUACUGCACCAUCUGCUUUAUUGAGUACGGAAAAAACCUCCGUGAAACCUCUGCCGUUAAUCAGAACAGACCACAAAGGAAUGUCCAGCCUUCUCACCGACCAUCUCCAACCGAUCCCAGAUUCCAGAAUAUGGCUAGUUGUCGAGGUCAAGACUGCAACACAUUUGGAAACAGUCAUUUCGAAGGAUAUUGCCAGAAAUGUUUUAUAGAUACACAAUAUCAAAGGUACAACGAAGCAACAUCCAGAGGCCAUUCCAGCACUAAUGCAUCGCAACAUCAACCUUCUGACUGCAUUGAGUUGAAAGGCCAGAGGAUUAAAUGUGCAAGGAACUAUUGUAACAACUAUGUAAGAUCCAGUGACAACGAACUUUGCUUAGAGUGUCAACAGGCCAAUCGUGGCAGCACUGGGGAUUCAGCCUUAAAUCACCCACCAAAGCAGCAUUGCCACACCAUAGGCUGUGACCAUUUUGAAAAACAAGCAAUUCCAAAAGAUCACAACACUCAAACUGCAUCAUUCACUUUUCACAAUCCAUUUCUGUCAAGAGCCAAGACAAGUAUGUUUACUGGAAUGAUUGAAUCUCGUGACUUAAUUUUGAAAAAGACAUUGUGAACUAAUGAGAGGAACCAUUUGUUUGUAUUGCAUGAAUUUCUUGGCUUAAAUUAGGGCACGAGAACAAAAAUAUACGGGUCUGUGUGUAAAACAGGAAAUAUUUGUAUGUAGUUUGCUUGUUCUUUGAGUAAUAAAGGAUAAUUUUUAAUCCUGUUUCUGGAAGAAAAGGAAAUAUUAGAGAUUUAACUUAUUCAAAGCUUUGAGUUAGCUAAUUUAUAUACCUGUACUUCUGUUGGUUUACUUUAUAAUGUUCUGUUUAAGAAAUUGACAUAAACAUAUUUUGAAAACUG